AUGUAUACGGCCUCAGGUGACCCUAACUAUAUUGAGUUCCUCCCAUCGUGGAGUCCAGAUGAAGAAGUGGAUCUCCGUGCGGAAGUGUUGAGGCACAUGCGGGUAAUACCGGGCUUCGUAAAUGAAGCAGAAGAAGCAGCACUCCUGGCUGACGUUGAACCGAAGCUCAAAAGAAUGCGCUAUGAAUAUGACCACUGGGAUAAUGUAUGUCCAGGUUUUAUUGUAUACACACUGAUAGACAAACACAAGGUCCAUUUAGUAGCACAUAUUGUCCUAGCGAUAGAAGGCUACCGUGAAACGGAGCGAGAUUCUUGGAGCCCCCUGUGUUCAGAGGUGUUGUCUCGAGUGCGAAGUUUGUUUCCCGCUGGAGCAUCACUGCUGCCGCAAGCGCAUGUCCUCGAUUUGGCCGCUGCCGGACAUAUUAAACCCCACAUUGACGCUGUUAGAUUUUGCGGUAACACUAUUGCGGGGUUAUGUUUGCUGUCGAGCGCCGUGAUGCGUCUUACACACGAAAAGAAACCACAUAUUCAGUUCGACGCGCUGCUGGAACGGCGAGCUCUCUACGUUAUGAGCGGUGUGGCUCGCUACGAAUUCACUCAUGCGGUUUUGGGUGGUGAGCCCAGUAUGUUUCGUGGUAAACGCGUCAUCCGCGGACGAAGAGUCGCCGUGAUCUGCAGAGAACAACCCGACAACUCUAGAUCUGGGUAG